CAUAGCCCUUUCUCCGGGUGGCAAAGGCAGAGCUGCAAGCAGAGGACAAGGAGGAUGCCAAGAAGAGCACUCUGGACAACAGGGAAUGAGAAGCAACCUUAAAAUGCAAAACAAACCAUCAAUCAACAUUUUUCCAAUUUUCUCCAGAAGUGUCAAAACACUUCUUCCUCAGCAAAUGAGAGACAGGGGAGAGAAUAAUAAGAACAAAGUUUUCAGCAGGAAAAAAUAGAGUAUGUGGAACUGAAGCAAACAUUACCUAAGAAGUCAAGGGAGAUAAGAUCGGAAUAACAAAAAAGUGGAAAUACCGGGGAGUGGAAGGGAAAAGGUUCCCUGGACAGCCAAAAUGGACAGGUAUGAAUGAAAAUCUAUGACGAAGGAAUGGAUGGCUUGAAUCAAAGAACCUCCAAGUAACAGAUCAGAAAUAUUUUUGGCCUCCUCAAGAGUCCAAGAAUAACAGUGUGGAAAAAAAGCUCACAGACUGCCUAUUGUGGGAAUAACACAGAUUGCAGAUCUCAGCUGAUAUGGAAGAUAGGAUCCACCCAAUGAAAACCCAUACAAAUAUUUGGAGUGCGGCAAGAGCUUUACUCAAUAACUCUUCCUCAUGAUUCAUGGAAGGACCCAUAUUGAAGACAGGCCCUACCAAUACUCCCAAUGUGGCAAAAGAUUUAGCAUGCAGACCAAUGAGAGGACUCACACUAGGGAGAAACAUUUUGAAUGUUCGGAUUGUGGGAAAAGGUUCACACAGAAUUCUGACCUGGUGGUACACAAAAGGACUCACACAGGAGAGUCUCCGGAUUGUAAGAAAAUUUUCAGUCAGAAUUCCAAUAUGGUGGCACAUCAGAGGAUUCACACAGGAGAAAAACCAUAUGAAUGCCCAGUUUGUGGGAAAAGUUUCACUCAGAAUUCCAGCCUGGUGGUUCACCAGAGGACUCAUACAGGAGAGAAACCAUAUAAGUGUCCAGAUUGUGGGAAAGGUUUCACUCAGAAAUCCAAAGUGGUGGUACAUCAGAUGACUCACACAGGAGAGAAACCAUAUGAGUGUUUGGAUUGUGGGAAACGUUUCCAGCAGAAUUCCAACCUGGUGAUACACCAGAGGACUCACAAAGGAGAAAAACCCUAUGAGUGUCCUGAUUGUGGGGAAAGUUUUGGUCGGAAUUCCCACCUGGUGGCACAUCAGAGGAUUCACACAGGAGAAAAACCAUAUGUAUGUCCAGUUUGUGGGAAAAGUUUCUGUCAGAUUUCCAGCCUGGUGAUUCACCAGAGGACUCAUACGGGAGAGAAACCAUAUAAGUGUCCAGAUUGUGGGAAAGGUUUCAGUCAGAAUUCCAAUCUGGUGAGACAUCGGAUGACUCACACAGGAGAGAAACCAUAUGAGUGUUUGGAUUGUGGGAAACGUUUCCAGCAGAAUUCAAAGCUUGUGAUACACCAGAGGACUCACCGAGGAGAGAAACCAUAUGAGUGUGUUGAAUGUGGGAAAGGUUUCAGUCGGAAUUCUGACAUGGUGAUACACUGGAGGACUCACACAGGAGAGAAACCAUAUGAAUGUCCAGAGUGUGGGAAAGAUUUCAGAUAUAGGUCUAGCCUUAUAAAGCAUGUAAGGACUCACACGGGAGAGAAACCAUAUGAAUGUCUGGAUUGUGGGAAAAGGUUCACACGGAAUUGUGACCUGGUGGUCCACAAAAGGACUCACACGGGAGAGAAACCAUAUGAAUGUCCGGAUUGUGGGAAAGGUUUCACACGGAAUUCUGACCUGGUGAUACACAAAAGGACUCACACAGGAGAGAAACCAUAUGAGUGUCUGUAUUGUGGGAAAAGUUUCAGUCAGAAUUCCCACCUGGUGGCACAUCAGAGGAUUCACACAGGAGAAAAACCAUAUGAAUGUCCAGUUUGUGGGAAAAGUUUCUGUCAGAAUUCCACUCUGGUAGAUCAUCAGAGGACUCACACAGGAGAGAAACCAUAUAAGUGUUGUGAUUGUGGGAAAGGUUUCACUCACAAUUCUAGCCUGGUGGUACACAAGAGGACUCACACAGGAGAGAACUUAUAUAACUGUUUGGAUAGUAGGACACAUUUUAGUCAGAAUUCCAAGUUAGGGAUACACCAGAGGACUCACACAGUUGAGAAAUCUUAUAAGUGUCCGGAUUGUGAGAAAUGUUUUACUGGCAAUGCCAACCUGGUGAUUCACCAGAGGACUCAUACAGGAGAGAAACCAUUUGUAUGUUUGGAUUGUGGGAAAAGUUUCAGUCGGAAUUACAACCUGGUGGAACAUCAGAGAACUCACACAGGAGAGAAACCAUAUGAGUGUCCAGAUUGUGGCAAAAGUUUCAGUCAGAAUUCCAAUCUGAUGAGACAUCGGAGAACUCACACAGUAGAAAAACCAUAUAAGUGUCCAGAUUGUGAGAAAAGUUUCCAGGAUAAUUCCAACCUGGUGAAACAUCAGAGAACUCACACAGGAGAGAAACCAUAUGAGUGUCCAGAUUGUGGGAAAAGUUUCAGUCAGAAUCCCAACCUGGUAAUUCACCGGAGGACUCAUACAGGAGAGAAGCCAUAUGAGUGUUUGGAUUGUGGGAAAAGUUUUAGUCGGAAUUACAACCUGGUUGAACAUCAGAGAACUCACACAGGAGAGAAACCAUAUGAGUGUCUUGAAUGUGGGAAAAGUUUUAGUCAGAAUUCCCAUUUGGUGAUACACCAGAGGACUCACACAGGAGAGAAACCAUACGAAUGUCCAGAUUGUGGGAAAGAUUUCGGUACUAGGUCUAGCCUUAUAAAGCAUGUAAGGACUCACACAGGAGAAAAACCAUAUGAGUGUCCAGAUUGUGGAAAAAGUUUCAGUCAGAAUGACAACCUGGUGAAACACCAGAGGACUCACACGGGAGAGAAACCAUAUGAGUGUCUGUAUUGUGGGAAAAGUUUCAGUCAGAGUUCCCACCUGGUGAUACACCAGAGGACUCACACGGGAGAGAAACCAUAUAAAUGUUGUGAUUGUGGAAAAUGUUUCUCUCGAAGGUCUAGCCUGCUGAUACACCAGAGGAUUCACAAACGGGAGAAACCGUAUGAAUGUCCAGAUUGUGGGAAAAGUUUCCAGGAAAAUUCCCACCUGGUAGAUCAUCAGAGGACUCACACAGAAAAGAAACCAUAUAAGUGUUCUGAUUGUGGGAACAGUUUCUCUCAUAUUUCUAGCCUGGUGGUACACCAGAAGACUCACACAAGAGAGAAACCAUACAAGUGUCAUGAUUGUGAGAAAAGGUUCAGUCUGAAUUCCAACCUUAUGAAACAUCAGAGGACUCACACAGGAGAAAAACCAUAUAAGUGUCUUGAAUGUGGAAAAACUUUUAGUCGGAAUUCCUGCCUGGUGACACAUCAGAGGAGUCAUACAGGUGAGAAACCAUAUGAGUGUUCAGAUUGUAGGAAAAGUUUCAGUCAGAAUUCCCAUCUGGUGAGACAUCAGAGGACUCACACAGGAGAAAAACCAUAUGAGUGUUCGGAUUGUGGGAAAACUUUCCAGGAUAAUUCCAACCUGAUGAAACAUUGGAGGACUCACACAGGAGAAAAACCAUAUGAAUGUCUUGAAUGUGGAAAAAGUUUCAGUCGGAAUUCCAGUUUGGUGAUACACCAGAGGACUCACACAGGAGAGAAACCGUAUGAAUGUCCGGAUUGUGGGAAAGAUUUCAGUACCAGGUCUAGCCUUAUAAAUCAUGUAAGGUUACACAUUGGGGAGUAAUCAGUCAAGGACCCAGAUUGCAGACAAUUAUUGUUUUGGACAAAAUCUCUCCCUAAUCAGAUAUAAGAAAUUGCACUUGAGGCAAAAUUUCUGUAGAGGACUGUUGAAAUUUGUUUCUUGUUUCAUUUGAAUGCCAGUUGAGCAGUUUACCAUUUAAUUUCUUUCAUGAGUCUUAUAAUGAAACAUCUCUUAUUAUCAAACAUGUGGGGUGGGGUAGGGUGAUCUAUAUUAGGUAUGUUUGCCACCUUGAGUUAUUUCUACAUAUAAUAAAUGGGG